CUUCUACUUCAGUCUGCUCUCUCUCUCUACCUCCUCUCUCUCUCUCUAAAAUUCAAUCUCAUUUGUGGUUGAUUUCGCCGGCGAUCUGAAGUAUCACCGGCGUUAUAAAGAUAACAGUGGAAGUACAUAGGGAUAAGUGAAAUGGCUUUGGCUUUCGAUGAGUUUGGGAGGCCAUUCAUAAUCAUAAAGGAGCAAGAAAAGAAGACCAGGUUGAGAGGUCUCGAUGCUCAGAGAGCCAACAUUUCCGCCGGUAAAGCCAUCGCUCGCAUCCUCCGCACCUCCCUCGGCCCCAAGGGCAUGGACAAGAUGCUUUCCAGCCCCGACGGCGAAGUCACCGUCACAAAUGAUGGUGCAACAAUCUUGGAGCAGAUGGAUGUUGACAAUCAAAUUGCGAAGCUGAUGGUCGAAUUAUCACGGAGUCAGGACUAUGAAAUUGGUGAUGGAACAACUGGAGUUGUAGUGAUGGCUGGUGCACUUUUAGAACAGGCUGAACGGCAGUUAGAACGUGGUAUUCAUCCUAUCCGGAUUGCGGAGGGCUAUGAAAUGGCUUCAAGAAUAGCUGUUGAACAUUUGGAGCAUAUAUCACAGAAGUUCAAUUUUGAUGCCACAAACAUAGAGCCUUUGGUUCAAACUUGCAUGACUACUUUAUCCUCCAAGAUUGUGAAUAGAUGCAAGCGCAGUUUGGCUGAGAUUGCUGUCAAAGCAGUUAUGGCUGUUGCAGAUUUAGAGAGGAAGGAUGUUAACUUAGAUCUUAUUAAAGUGGAAGGGAAAGUCGGUGGGAAGUUGGAGGAUACAGAACUAAUUUAUGGAAUCCUUGUUGAUAAGGAUAUGAGCCAUCCACAGAUGCCAAAGCAAAUAGAAGAUGCAAAAAUUGCUAUACUGACUUGCCCCUUUGAGCCACCUAAGCCAAAGACAAAGCAUAAGGUUGACAUUGAUACGGUGGAAAAGUUCCAGACUCUACGUGAGCAGGAGAAGAAGUACUUCGAUGAUAUGGUCCAAAAAUGCAAGGAUGUUGGUGCUACCUUGGUUAUCUGCCAAUGGGGGUUUGAUGAUGAAGCAAAUCACUUGUUAAUGCAUAGGAACUUGCCUGCUGUCCGAUGGGUUGGUGGCGUAGAGUUAGAGCUGAUAGCAAUAGCCACAGGUGGGAGAAUUGUGCCGAGGUUCCAAGAGUUGACGCCAGAAAAACUGGGCAAGGCUGGUUUGGUUCGAGAAAAAUCAUUUGGAACCACAAAAGAUCGAAUGCUUUAUAUUGAACACUGUGCAAAUUCAAGGGCUGUAACCAUAUUCAUUCGUGGCGGUAACAAAAUGAUGGUAGAGGAGACUAAGCGCAGCAUCCAUGAUGCAUUAUGCGUGGCAAGGAAUCUCAUUCGCAACAAUUCUAUUGUGUAUGGCGGCGGCUCCGCUGAGAUUUCUUGUUCAAUUGCUGUGGAAGCGGGUGCUGAUAAAUAUCCUGGAGUUGAACAAUAUGCCAUUAGGGCGUUCGCAGAUGCCUUGGAUUCUAUUCCCAUGGCACUUGCCGAAAAUAGCGGUCUUCAACCCAUCGAAACAUUAUCUGCUGUGAAAUCUCAGCAAGUCAAGGAGAACAUACCCUGGUGCGGGAUAGACUGCAAUGACAAUGGCACAAAUGACAUGCGAGAGCAAAAUGUCUUUGAGACACUAAUAGGGAAGCAACAGCAGAUAAUGCUUGCAACACAAGUUGUGAAGAUGAUUCUAAAGAUUGAUGAUGUUAUCUCCCCUUCUGAUUACUGAUAUGUCAGGUACUUAUUGCCAAGUUUUGCUUCGCGUAAAUGGUGGCCACAUUAUACUGUCGGCUCAUAUGGCAACUCAAUUCACUUAGCCCACAUGUUUGUGGGGGGGUGAAACUUCUUCAUACGUCUCAUCUUGUCUCAUCCUGGGUUUACUUUAUUGUGUUAUUAUAUGAUUCUGUAUGGUUGAUACACUUGAUUUUGUUUUACUUUUUGACAUUUAUAAAUCUGUUGUUGGCUGUUGCACUUUCUGUCAGCUUCUUUUUAGUGACAUAUUAACAGAUUUAGAAGAGUGGAAAAUUUUCUUUGAUUAUUUAUA